UAGGGCGUAGAUAUAAAAAGGUUUGGUUUCAUCUUUUCGUUUUCUCUUUCUCUCCUCUUUUUUCAUCUUUUUUUUUUCUUUCUUGUUUUCUUUCUUUUUAUUUAUCAUCCUUUUAAUUAUUUGAUCACAGAGAUGGUCUCUUCUUCAUCCGUCAGAGUUGCUGUUCGAGUUCGACCAAUGACAAGUAAAGAAAAAGAGGUUUAUCAAGAUCGUAAAGAUUUCAUUGAUUAUAUAGCAAACGAACCACAAAUCGUUGUUGGUCAAAAGGAAUCAUUUACAUUUGAUCAUGUUUAUUCACCUAUGGAUAAUCAAGAAACAGUUUAUACCACAUGUGUUCUACCUUUAGUUUACAAAUUUUUAGAAGGGUACAACGCCACUGUUUUCGCAUAUGGUCAAACAGGUGCGGGUAAAUCAUUUAGCAUGGGGAUUGGAUUGGAUUCAUUUAUACACAAAGAUGAUGAAGGUAUUGUUCCUCGAUUCAUCACCACUAUGUUUAAUCAGUUGGAUCAAAAACAUACUGAUGGUAAUUAUCAAGUUCGUGUCUCCUUUCUUGAGCUGCAUAACGAGGAUCUUGUGGAUCUAUUAUCACCAAGUAGUCAUACUCUGAAAAAGGAAAAUCAACCCAUGGUCGUUAUCCGGGAAGAUGCAAAUGGCGCUAUAUGUUGGAGUGGUAUUAGGGAAGAAUCAGUCAAUCAUCCUCAUCAAUUACUCAGUCUACUUGAAAAAGGAUCAGUUGCUCGCACCACAGCAUCCACUGAUAUGAAUAUAUCAUCAUCACGCUCUCAUGCCAUCUUUUCCAUUCAACUUUAUCAAACAAUCAUGGAUGAUCAAGGAAUCACUCGUACUAUUACAUCCAAAUUUCAUUUUGUAGAUCUCGCUGGCUCUGAAAGGUUAAAAAGAACAAAUGCAGUUGGUAAUCGAGCAAAAGAAGGUAUCUCCAUUAAUAGUGGUUUAUUAGCUUUGGGUAAUGUUAUCUCUGCUCUUGGUGAUACUUCUAAAAAGGUGUCUCAUAUUCCUUACCGUGAUUCAAAAUUGACAAGACUACUACAAGAUUCCCUAGGCGGUAAUAGUCAAACAUUAAUGUUGGCUUGUGUAUCACCCUCAUGGUCAAAUCACAAAGAAACAUUAAAUACAUUAAAGUAUGCCAAUCGUGCACGCAACAUACGAAACAGAGUGAUGAUCAAUCAAGAUGUACAUCUUCAAGGGGGAGACAACAGUGAUUAUGUCAAAAAAUUAAAGUCGCAACUCCUUUGUCUCCGUCAAGAACUCAAGGGGAAUGAUGAAUUUUUGCUUGCUGUCAAUCAAGAAAUGGAUGGUUUAAAAAUUCAAGUAGAAUCAUUAAAUCAAACCAUCGCCACAUUAGUACAACAAUUAGCUGAAGCAAAAUAUCAAAAUGAUUGUCAAUCAUCCAUGGAAGCAAAUCAUCAUCAUCAUCAUCAACAACAACAAGAAGGUAUAUCUAAUAAUCUGGCACAUGAGUAUGCGCGUACUAUUGAAGAACUAAAGGUAGAAUUGUCUCUAAUACAAAAACAACAACAUCAACAACAACAACAACAACAACAACAACAGCAGCAGCAGCAGCAGCAGUUGAUUAGCAAGCAAAUACAAUCUGUUCAUCCAUCCAUCACAUCUCAUACAGGAUCUAAAAAGGAAUCAUCUAUAUCCGAUCGUAAGAAAAAGAAACAUAGUUAUCGAUUUGGAAGUAAAAAAUACCAACGAUCAUUCAGCAGUAUAAAAAAGAGACAACCUCUAUAUAGUAAUCCCUCGCCAUCACCAGUCAAAGGCAUACAACAAAAAGGAAAUUGGAUGAUGAUGAUCGAGAAACAAAAAGAUAUCAUUGAUCAAGAAUUAAACUAUGUCAAUUCUAUGAAGUCUUCCAUUUUGAGCCACCCAAAUUGGGAACCCGACACUGUGCAUGGAAAUUUUCAAGAUAUCAUGCUUUUUUCUUCCAACUUCACUCUUGAACCCACUCUUCCCGUUUCUGGAUCCAAAAACUUUACCAAUGGACGUGCCUCCCAAUCUCCUUCUCAUAAUGAUACUGUUGUCGUUUUGCAACGAUUUGGUGAUUCACUUCAACAGCAACAACAGUUUAUUGAAUCCAUAUCUAGUGCAAGAUAUACACCAUCUCCUCUUCAGCAAAGUAGAAAUGAAACAAAUAAACAACAACAGCAGCACAAGAAGGAAUUGGAUGAAGUGAAACGACAAUACGAACAACAAACGAAGAAACAACAACAUGAACAUCAAGCCUUGAAACGACAAUAUCAACAAAUGAUUAUCAGUAAUGAAAAAGCAAGAACUCAACACAAUGCAACUAUUCUGACACUCAAACAAAAAUUGGAUACAAUGACCCGUGAUAAAAAAAAGGUGAUCAAGAAAAGUAAGCAAGAUGCUGACCGAGCUCGCGACCGUAUCCGUCAAUUGGAAAAACAAGUAAAACAAUUGGAACGACAAGACAUCAAAUCAACUCAUCUGAAGAAGCGAUUGGAACGUGAUCUACAUACUCAGAAACAAGCCAACAAACAUGCCAAGGAAGAUAUCGCUACUCUUGGUGCACAACUGACAUCAGUAGCCGUGAUGAUACAAAAAGUAAUACAAGCAUACAAGGCAACAUCCAAAAAAAAAUCUUCUUUGACUUCCUCAGAUCGGACUCUGCUUGCCAAAGCUGUCGCCUGCGCUCGUGUUCGUGGCUAUUUGGUCGCCCAAAAACAUGGUCUCAAUAACAAUAGACGUGGAAUUAAGGUCGCAUCGCUACAACAACGGAUGGUAGAAAAGAAGCAAUUAAUUCGCAGAGCUAUCCAUUUAUACGUCCAAGCUUAUGUACCUAUGCAUCUUCAUGAACAGCUGGAACAGAAGCGUGACCGAUUACAACUUGAACAGCAUACAAUAUUGGCUGAACAUGAUGCUUUGAUACAAGGCAUUAAUAAUAUGUCUUUACAAGAUAUGGAUGACCGAAUGAAUGCAGUUGCAUUAGAAUAUCAUCAAGAUGAUGACAAUAGAGAUAUUAAUGAUGAUAGCAGCAGUGAUGAUACUUGGAUGGACGAUAUACCUUUUUGGAAUACAGAAGAUGCUGAAGUGGCCUAUGAAAAUGUAUUGACAUUAGUGCGUACACUUGAACCCGAAGAAACAAGAUUGGUAUUGGAAACCAUGGUACAUGAUGUGAUCCGAUUAGAAACCGAGACACAACAGCAACGUUACUUGAUGGCCAGUUCAGAGACUGCUUUGCGAUCGCUACAGAAACAAGUCGAAUGGAAACACAAUAUUAUUCAGGAUCCAUUGGUUAUGACGCCUACUUCAACCACCUCUUCUUUGGAUAGCAAAUCCACUCUGAUACCUCGUCCUUCUGUUAGUUCGGCUUUACGACCAUCUGGUUUACCUAGGCGUAGUAGUUGCAAGUAG